GGCCACAUUGUCAACAACCCUAUUUAUUACUUCGCUGUAGGGAGAAGUUGUGUUUAUUGCUUUUACCUGUGCUGAGUGGUUAUGCGCCUGGAGAUGGAGGAGCAAACCAAGAUGAAACCCAUUCGAAAGGAAAUCUUACACCCAGGCAAUGCGUACAUCGAGUUGAAGCCAGGCACCAGGGUGAAGUUUCAUUUCCAGACACGUAAGGUGGGCGAGUCUCGCAUCGUAGACGAUAGCCGCAAUAUGUGCAAGCCGAUGGAGCUCGUGAUGGGCAAGAAAUUCAAGCUGGAGGUCUGGGAGGUGAUGGUGCAGCAAAUGUCGCUGAACGAGGUGGCCAAGUUUACCGUACACAAAUCACUCUGCGCCCAGUAUCCGUUUAUUUCCAAAACACUUCGAGACAUUGGAAAAAAGCCAGAAGAGCGGCGCCAUUGCUGCGGUAUGACCCUGCAGAAUGAGGGUAUCGGCUACACGGACCUGGACGAUCUUUUGCAGCACCCCAUCGACCUGGAGUUUAUCUUUGAGAUAAUAUCUAUUGAGCUGCCCGAGGAGUACGAAAAAGAUCGUUGGCAAAUGUCAGACGAAGAGAAGAUGCUGGCCACUAGUAGCCUGCGAGAGCGCGGCAAUGCAUUUUACAAAGCGAGUCGCUUUUCGGAGGCCGAGAAAUGCUACAACGACGCUGUGGGCAUCAUUGAGCAGUUGUUGCUGAAAGAGAAGCCCCAUGAUCCCGAGUGGGAAGAGCUUGCUGCAAUCAAGAUACCGCUGCUGCUGAACUAUGCACAGUGCCGACUCAUCGCCGGAGACUUUUACGCCGUCAUCGAACACUGCAACGAAGUGCUUAACUUGGAUCCACGAAAUGUUAAAGCAUUGUUCCGAAGAGCUAAGGCCCAUGCAGGCGCUUGGAAUCCAAUGCAGGCGCGUCGCGAUUUUAUCGACGCCUUGGCUUUGGAUGCCAGCCUCAGAUCCACCGUGACCAAAGAGCUAAAGUCAAUUGAGGAGCAGCAGCAUGCCCGCAACGUCCAAGACCGCAUUCACAUGCAGAAGCUCUUCUAGAACAUAAGUUGUGCCAACAUGCUGCUCAUGCUGCUGGUCUACUGGAGCUGUUAUCUGCAGCGCUAGCAAUUACUUUCGCUACACCCCUUUCUAUUGGUGGCCGUUCUCUGCGCCCAUGGCGUCGUUCUACUGUGUGCCGUCGGCAAUCUACUCCUCUGCUGCCUGACCCUCGUGAAGUUAGUGCGGGCACUGCCCCGGCCGAGUUUUUCGGACGGAGUCCGGAUCGGAGGCGACCGAUACAAGCGGGUUCACGUCACAGCGUUCUGUGACAACAGCAUUUCAUAACUCUUGUUUCAUCCCCACAAAGGUUUUUUCGACGAGCCAAUCACCAAAUUAGCCUACAUGUCUCUAUCAGUGAUAACAACCCGGACUUGACUUUACCACACUUACUAUAGUGUUACAUUUGAAUGUCGUGUGUACAUAUAUUAUAUAUAAAUUGUUGUUCAGGCAUUAAUCAAACCACAACUCAAAUGUUCCACAUUUGCUCCUCAUAGUAAGAAAUGUAUGAAUGUUUAUCUAUGUGCUAUAUUUAGUUUUAGGUAAAAUUCACUUUACACGAAUUGUAUAAAUGUGCUUUAAUGCUAUCUAAUUGUUAAA